AUGGAGUUAAUUGUUUUCUUAUCAGGAACCUGUAAAUCUUUCAUUAAGAAGGAGGAAUGCUGUAACACCACCUUCACCCAGUUAACAGAUUGUUUGUUCUAUGAGUGUAAAAAUAAGACAGAUCCUACAAAGAGUAUCAGUGGUUGUUUCAAUAAAUCAGACCAAGCUGUGAUAAAUAAAACCUGUGAUUUGACAGAAAAAGUUAACCAAACUUGUGAUGCAACACCAGUUGGUCCUACAGUGUCCUGCAGAAACUUCACAACAAAUGUGACAGAAUGCUGCGAACAUGGAACUGACCUUGGAUGUGUGUUUGUUAACUGUACUGGAAGUGGAGCAACUAAGACACCAUUUGCUGGAUGCUACAACAAGACAGAAGUCACAUGUGCUGCACUUGUUGACCAAUGUCAGAUAACCACUCCAAAACCUGUAAAAACAACAACCGUGAAACCAACAACCCCUGAGCCAGUAUUUGAAGAGUGUCAGACCCUCAAGAACGUGAAAGAUUGUUGUGGAAAUGUACUAUAUAAGUGUAUCUUUGUCAACUGUACUGGAACCACCACAAAACUGACUUAUACUGGAUGUUUCUCAACUACAAAUCAAACAACUAUCCAGACUGAAUGUGGAACCACCUUUUUGGAUUCAUGUGCUGCUGUAGCCCCUACAACUGCAGCACCAUCUACAGACAGACAUUUUGAUGGAGCCUCCUUCAUUGGUGGAAUAGUAUUGUGUGCUGGUAUCAUUUUGAUCAUCUUCUUUGUUCUGAAAUGGUACAAAUCUAGACAGGCCUCCAGCAACUACCAUCAGAUGUAAAACACGGAGGAGUAAGGAGAAACUGUAGAGGAUGAAUUUCUCUUUCCUGGAUUUUAUAGUUAUGUUACACUUUAUGUAAUUUCAUGUCUUUCAAACAUGUUUUAAAAUUAAAGUAAUCUCAUUUAUUUAAAUUUCUUAAUAUUGUAACUUUAUUUUUCAUGUGGUUUGGAGUGGGUGUUUUUUAAGGCUUAAAAGUAGU